GACGUGUCAUGUGACGCACCCGGAUGUUCAGUGUGUGUGAUGGAGGUCCAGCUGAAUCCUGCCAGGACAGUUAAAGGGUUCUUAUGGGUUCAUAACGGGCUCAUAACGGGUUCAUAACGGGCUCAUAACGGGUUCAUAGCAUGUUAAUAACGCUGUGUUACGUCUAUCUGUGGGUGCGCUUUCACCAGUGCUACUCGGUUCUGAUCCGGAACAGACUGAACCGACUGAACACGACCAGCUUCAGCUUCAGCUUCAGGGUCUGCUCCGGCUCCGGCUCCAGCUCGGAACCAGAACCAGCACCAGCACCAGGACAAGAACCAGAACCAAGACCAAGACCAGGACCAAGACCAGGAGCAGUACCGGAACCAGCACCGCCGACCGGACCUCCACCCGGAGACACCGUGUUCCUCCAGCUGGGAGACAAAACGGUUUACCUCACAGAACCUCAGGCGUGUGAUGACCUCAGCAAGUGGACCGUGCUGUUGGGGUCCUCUCUGGUUUGUGGUCCACGAAUAGAGAAUAUUUCAUUCAUCAUAGAAGCUGCAGGACACAGAGCGGGCUACCAGGCUCCUCACACGUCGAAUAAGAAAGUGCUGAAGUGGUCCGACUACUGUCUCCCUCUGGCCUGCAGGCCCGGCCGGCCGUUCAGGGCCGUGGCUCAGGCCAGCGUCGAUAACUUCAGUCGGCUGGGGGUGGCUUUUAUCGAAGAUCGCCUUCAGCUGGACGACGGACUCGUGCCUUCAAAGAUAAUCCCUGUCCUCCUCCAAGAAUCCACUCUCAGUGAGCUGUUGGAGAAGAAGAAGUGUCCCCAGAGCCCAAAGACGGAGACAUCCCGACGGCUCUGUGGCUCCCAGACCGGAGAGGGUGUCGCUGAGCCUUUGCGCCGUCACCUGCCGGUCGACUCCCAGCACCUCCAGUGCCGUAAAGGCAGCCUCCUCCUCACCCCGGAGCUGAAGAGGAGGUUAGAGGAGCGACGGGGCUCGGAGCCGCUCCGCGGCACCAAGGAUCUGGGACCUGUUUGUGAUCCGGAGGACCGUUCUUUAGGGAACCACCAGCACAUGGAGGGCCACAGACACCACCUCCAUCUGUCCAGCUGCCACGAGUGUUUGGAGCUGGAGAACAGCACCAUCCUCUCUGUGAAAUACGCCUCAGCUGAGAACAUUCCAGACCUUCCCGAUGAUAACUCAGUAGGGCCGGACAGCGGAGAUGAGACUCUGGAUGAUGUCGAGCUUGAUGCCAAAGGCUUUUCUGGGCAAAGCGGUGGAUUUGACUGUAACAGCAAACCGCCAAAUGUUCUGCUGUACACGGGUGGUUGCCAGGAGCGUUUUCAGGCCGUUCGUCAGCUGUUAUCAGAGUGUAUAGACAUGGAGAACAACAUCAUAUAUCCCCUUCAGCCACAGCAGGCUCUGAGCGAGCCGUGGCUGGACAACACCAGGCUCCUGGUGCUGGCAGAGGAGGAAACCCUGACCCCACAGCUUCAGACCCGUUUCCUCACCUACCUGAGCCAGGGGGGCAGGGUGCUGGGGCUGGCCUCCAGCCUGUGCCCUGCAGGCCUCUGUCUGGAAGUCAGGGAGCGGCGACGCGGGCAGGUCAGCAGGCUGAGCUUCACCAGGGAGGACAGCACCGAGCUGGAGCUGAGCGUGCUGGCGAGUGGGAAGGUCUACAUCCGGGACGCUCAGGGAGGAGGGGAAGUGGAGCUCUGGGGGGAGCUGAAAGGGGACGAGCCUCAUCAGAGGGACAUGGUUGUUGUCAGGGUAACCCACGGAGGGGACGGCGGCGAAGCUGUCCUCUGUCAGGCCCAUCUGGAAGUUGCUCCUGACUCCCAGACUUUGACGUCGGAAGGUUUUGAUGAACUGAAGGUCAGCAACGCGCGGCGUUAUGAAGUCCUGACAGAGAUCCUCUCCUCUCUGGGCCUCAGCUGUGAGCUCAGCCAGACUCCAAGCCCAAGUCCGGUCCACCUGCUGGCCACCUCUCAGGAGGCCAAGGCCAGCUUUGUGAAGUGGCUGCAGACGCGUGUAAAUCAGAACAGCCUCCUCACGUUGUCCAAGGCCUCUCUCAUGAUGGUUACCUGUUCUGAGCUCCAGGACGGUCCCUCGCUACCCGACGGCUCUCUGGCCCUGGUCACCAACUCCUCAGAGUCCCAGAACUGGGCGCAGUUCAGCAUGGAGACCUACAGCGAGAACCUGAAGACCAGCCUCCUGGGCCACACCCUGCUGUACGCCGAGGUCGUCACGUCUACCAUGGACCUGCUACAAGGGCUGACUCUGCACUUACCAAAGGAUGUGGGUUUAAUAGCGGUAGCUGCUCGACAGAGCCGGGGCAGAGGUCGAGGUGGGAACGCCUGGCUCAGCCCUCCGGGUUGUGCCAUGUUCACAGUGACGGUCCAGGUGGAGCUGAGCUCCAGACUCGGACAGAGGAUUCCCUUCCUGCAGCAUCUGGCUGCUCUGGCGGUGGUGGAGGCUGUUCGCACACUUCCUGGAUACCAGGACAUAGACCUGCGGGUGAAGUGGCCCAAUGACAUCUACUACAGUAACCUGAUGAAGCUCGGGGGGGUCCUGGUGACUUCCACUGUAAUGGGAUCAACGUUUCAUCUGCUCAUAGGCUGUGGGUUCAAUGUGACAAACAGCAACCCCACGGUGUGCAUCAACGACCUGAUCCAGCAGCACAACCUGCAGCAUGACGGCAGCCUGCAGCCGCUCAGCUGCUCUCAGCUCAUCGGCCGCACCGUCAGCUGCCUGGAGGUCCUCAUCGACAGCUUCCAACGGGGGGGCCCGGACGCCGUCCUGCCCACCUACUACAAGAGAUGGCUUCACAGCGGGACUCGGGUGCGUCUCUGGAGCGAGGACGGGCUGGAGGCCGAGGUGGUGGGUCUGGACCACAACGGCUUCCUCCAGGUGUACAACAAGGAGCAGGGCGUGGUCUCAGUGGAGCCGGACGGGAACUCCUUCGACAUGCUGAAGAACCUGGUGGUCAUCAAGCAGCGUUAGGACCAAAGCCAUCAGCUCCUCCAGCAGACUUUCUAUACCUAUAGAAGUCCAUCUGGGUUUACUCAUUCAUUAAUACGUUCAGGUUGACAGUGGGAGUGUUGGUGAGCUUCUCCUCAUGUUAACCUGACAUGCAUCUGAACUAGUUGGACAGUGAUGGUAACUGGCUUUAAGGCAGCUCUCUGCACCAGUUAGAUGUUGAGCUGCUGAUCUGGGACCACCAGUUCAAACCAUCAUCUAACAACCUGUACCCGUCAUCUGAACGGCUAACCUGUUUCCACUGUUACUGUACAUCAGGACAGGGAUCAUUGCUGCUCUUGCUGUUGCUAAGUUCACCAAAAUAAAGAUUUCCAUGGGA